ACUGGGAACCCAGCUGAGGAUUUACACCAUCGCUUGGCAGAAAAUUUGAAUGAACAGGCUAGUGUUGCUGCAGUCGACGGACUCCAGGAAAAAGAAAAGACCAUAAUGCUCAUCGAAACCGUAAAGAGUUUUCGGUGCCGUAAAUGCUUCAUCUGCACCAACGCCGGGAAGAACACCAACGGUUCGCAGUUCUUCAUCUGCACCGAAAAGACUGCGUGGCUCGACGGCAAGCACGUGGUUUUCGGCCGCAUCGUGGAGGGGAUGGACGUGGUGAAGGCGGUUGAGGCGGUCGGUUCCCAGAGCGGCUCCACCAAGAAGCCCGUCGUCAUCGCCGACUGCGGUCAGCUCUGAUAGAUGAACGGCAUCGUCGUCUUCGCUCUCUACCACAACUAGCAGUAUCGUACUCUUCCGUUUUCGUCGUGCUUUAAUUUUUGUUGAGUUAAAAUUGCUAUAGUUUUAGAUAAAAAAUGAGGGAAGAUGUUAUGAUUUUUUUUUUUAAAUUAGAAUGCUAAAAAUUCAUCAAA